GGCCAGAUGAUCCACCUCAGCUCUGCAGUCCACGAGCAUCUCAGGGAGGAUCCGGCAGCAGAUGGCUUUGUGAGAAAACAACGAAUGGCCUCUACACGAAGUACGCUCCGCAUCGAGGGAGACGACAACCUGCAGUCCAUGCUGGUGGGGGCGAUGAUGAGAAAAAUCAAGUCUCGGACCUGGAAGAAGCAGCGGUACUUCAGGCUGCAGGACGACUGCAUGACCAUUUGGUACAAGUCCAAAAAGGCUGGCAACGCCCACUCCACAUUUUCUGUCAGUGAAGUGGAGGCAGUCCGAGAGGGUCACCAGAGCGAGGUCCUGCUCAGCAUCGCGGACGAGUUCCCGGCCAACCGAUGCUUCACACUGGUGUUUCGUGGUCGCAAGGGGAACCUGGAUCUGGUGGCAGAAUCUGCUGAGGAAGCACAGACUUGGGUCAAAGGCAUACGGAAGCUGAUUGAAAAUGUGGAAAAUAUGGGGGAAAGGGAGAAGUUGGACCAGUGGAUCAGUGACUGGUUCAAGAAGGCAGACAAGGACCGUGACGGUCGGAUGAACUUCAAGGAAGUGCGGGACCUGCUAAAGAUGAUGAACAUCGACAUGAAUGAGGACCACGCUCUUCGUCUAUUCACUCUGGCAGACAAGUCCUGUACGGGUUCUCUGGAGGACGAUGAGUUUGUGCUGUUCUACAAGAUGUUGACCCAGCGGGAGGAUGUGCUCGCGGUCUUUCAGGAGUUCUCAUCUGAUGGCCAGACGUUAUCCCAGAGAGACCUGGAGGACUUCCUGAGAGAGGAGCAGCUGGAGGGAGACAAUGUCCAACAACACGCCAUGCACCUUAUUGAGCAAUAUGAACCUUCAGAAACAGCCAAAAUGCUGAACAUCAUGACCUUUGAUGGUUUUUUGAUGUACCUGGGCUCGACCGAGGGCUCCAUCUUCAACCCACAACAGAGGGGCAUCUACCAGAACAUGGCCCUCCCGCUGUGCCACUAUUUCAUCUCUUCCUCCCACAACACAUACCUGAUGGAGGACCAGCUCCGAGGACAGAGCAGCGUGGAGGGAUACAUCAGGGCUCUUAAUCGAGGCUGCCGCUGUGUGGAAGUUGACUGUUGGGAUGGGGCCAACGGAGAGCCAAUCGUUUAUCACGGACACACCUUCACCUCCAAGAUCCUCUUUAAGGAUGUGGUCACUGCAGUGGGAAACUAUGCCUUCAAGGUAUCUGAAUAUCCAGUCAUCCUGUCCAUCGAGAACCACUGCAGCGUGGAGCAGCAGAGAGUCAUGGCCCAACACCUCUGCCACAUCCUGGGGGAGAAGCUGCUCAAGAAGCCUUUGGAUGGACACGCCUCCAACAGCCUGCCAUCUCCGGAGGAUCUCAAAGGGAAGAUUCUGGUGAAGGCAAAAAAGAUCGGAGGUCUGGAGGAGAACAUUGGCACCCUGGUUGAAGACUCGUUGUCUGGGGAAGUCACUGAUGAAGAUGACAUGGCUGAAAUGGAGGAGGAAAACAUGCACCGGGACAGUGUCCGGGGAAGGACGAAGAAAUCCAAGCAGGACCUUUCCAAGGAGCUGUCGGAUUGUGUCGUCUACUGCAAAAGUUUCCACUUCAGGAGCUUCAGACACUCACAGUUGCACUCCAAGUUCUAUGAGGUGGCGUCCUUCACAGAGUCCAAAGCCCGCAAAUACCUCAAAGAAUCAGGAGCAGAGUUUGUGCAGCACAACUCCCGGCAGCUGACCAGAGUUUAUCCUACGGGGUUCCGGACGGACUCCUCCAACUUCAAUCCUCAGGAAAUGUGGAAUGCUGGAUGCCAAAUAGUUGCUUUGAACUUCCAGACGGCCGGUGAAGGAAUGGAUCUAAACGACGGACUGUUCAGUCAGAAUGGCUGCUGUGGCUACGUCUUGAAGCCCAGCUUUAUGCAACAGACAAAGUCAGGCUUUGACCCCGAGUCACCUCAGAAACAAGAGGACUACCAGCCAGUCAUCCUCAACAUCCAGGUGAUCAGCGGCCAGCAGCUGCCGAAGGUCAACAUCAAAGAGGGUUCUAUUGUGGAUCCUCUGGUCAGAGUUGAGAUCCAUGGAGUUCCACUGGACCAGGCCAAGCAGGAGACCAGAUACAUUGAGAACAAUGGGUUCAACCCCGUAUGGCACGACUACCUGCGGUUUACCAUUCACACCCCUGAACUGGCCCUGGUACGCUUCGUGGUUGAAGACUAUGACAAGACCUCCAAGAACGACUUUGUGGGGCAAUACACUGUUCCCCUCACCUGUAUGCAGCAAGGUUACCGUCAUAUCCACCUUCUAUCCAGAGAUGGAACCAGCAUCCCGCCGUCGUCGCUGUUCGUCCACGUCCGGAUCACGGAGCUGUAGGAUACACCCAAUAACUAGGCUUCAAAGAGAAAGCCAAAAACUCUUGGAUAUGCAUCAUGCCAAAAGAUUCCAGGCUUCAGAGAGAACUGUGGAGAAACUGUUCUGAUCUGUGAACUGCUCUGUUGUUCAGUGUGGCGAGCUGCUGUCAUUUCUGGUCUUUGACGUGUUCCUUCUACAAGAAUGUGCCACUGUUUUAUCCUUUGAUACCACAGUCUUCAGGUUUUUCCCUUCCAAAUCAAGGUGACUUUUGCAGAUACUUCUUUUGGUUCUGGUUCUUGAUGCAGACAGGAAGACAAAAGUCAAACCUUUGGCUCAUAGAACCCUGCUUUUUUCCCAUCAAUGGCCUCCUAACUUCUUAAAAAUCCUUACAAAGCCACCGUACUUGGAAAAAAAUGUUGGUUUUAAAGUUUGUAGAUUUUAACAAGGUUAGCAUGGCAAGCUAGCAAAUGUGGCGUUAACACACAAAUCCAUGGCUCAAGCUGACCAAAAUGAUAAUUGUUAUCCCCAGGUGUCAAAGAUAUAAAAUGGUUGCUAUGGAAAUAAAACCACAGGAAGGGCACCAUUUUGAUUGAUAGUCUAUUGGACUUUUUGUAGUAGGAAGGACGCCUGGUUUCAAUGAGUGAUGACGAGUUUGGGUGAUGCAUUUUAAAGAUCUGGACUCUGCAUCGACCAAUCAGGGAUGAGGAUGAGAUUUGCGGACAGAAAGUGCUCAAACUGAAGUACUGAAAGCGACUGCGACUUGGUCUGACACUCAUUCCCGAGUGGUAGGAGCUACAAAGCGUGUUAUAAACCAAGUGCGAAUUUAUCUGAAAUGUGGUUAACGACUCAAAAAUAGGAGCAAAUUCCCCGCCUAGCUAAAAAUAAGCGGCAGAUAUGAACUUG